AGAAGGAGCGAAACCACAAUUUCAUCUUUCGAAGAGGCUUUGACACCUCGUUCUGAGGUACAGUUCGACCGGAAUGGUCCCUUUCAACUCCAAGACAAGCCAGUCGAAGGGCCCAAAGGUCCUCAUCUUUUCCGUGCUUCCCAUUCUUCUGCCGAAUUCGCUUUUGACUAUGCUCUGCAAAUGUCUCCACUAUUUCCUAAAACUAUGGAGUUGCCGCAGCAGCAUGUCACCACCUCUCCACAGGAGUUUGCCUUUUCACCACAGGACUUGUACGUCCCAGGUCUUGAUGCAGUAUUGCAGUCUCCUUCUCUAUAUAGCGUGGAGCGAUGGUCAACUCAAGACGUCUUGAACUGGAUGCUCGAGACUGGACUACCUCAUGAGGUCGUCGACAAAUUUGAAAAGCACGAUAUCAAUGGAUCAAUAUUGAUGGAGCUAAAGUUUGAGAACUUGAAGGAGCUUGAGAUUGAAUCUUUCGGCAAACGUCAUCAAAUCUGGAACACGAUACAAAACCUCAAAGGUGGUGAACGGGGUCCAAGCCCUGUACCUACACCUUUCCAGGACAUCUCUCGUCCUCCAACCAAUGUAAGGUCAAAGUCAGAUGGCAAUAUCUCCCGAGACGGACUACGUCGUGGUCGAAAGAAUCGACAUCAUGACGAUACCAUUACUCCUGCCGAGUCUGUUUCCAUCGUUGCCAUCGAACAGCUGAUGCCCAGAGAACACAACUGUGCCAAGGGUGAGAACUGUUCCAAAUGGCGCAAACAGCAGAGACUGUUUGCUCGCAUUCGUGAGCAGCAAGGUUAUCCCAUCAGUCCUGAUCAUGGCGGUCAGAUCUUGAUUACAGGUGAUCCUGGUAACGCCACAACUGCUUACAAAGUCGUCGACAACGUGUAUCGUCAGCAGGCGGCCUCACCUCAUGUCGAAGAGGAAUCGACUCGACCUGUUUCAGAGAACAUGCCGCCUUCAGUUGUGGCUUCCUCUGAUCUGCUUGGCCCUGGUCAACUGCCUGCCUUUGCACUUCAUGAGAAUAUGUUGGCUCAACUUCAGAUGCGAGACCCUCAAGAGAACGUCAAGCAAUUCCUCAACUUCCAACAUAUUGGCCAGCCGCAAGUCGAAGCACCACCCACGCCGCCUCAUGACACUUUCCCUGGCAAUGGGUUUGAGAUGUUCCCCACCAUUCAUCAACAAGCCUAUCCGUCUCUGCAGCGUCCAUCAGCAACCCAGGAACCACAUGGGAACCUCAAGCAUCUGCCCAAACUGUCUAUCCCUCGCUCUGCCAGUGCCAAUCCUUGGCUGGGAAAGCAGCAUUUUUUUUCUCCUGCAGACACCGUCAUGUCUCCCUGCCGCAGCGCUACAGUCUCACCCGGGUCACAUCACAUCUAUCGUUACGGCACCCCAGCAUCUGAGAUGGACGUUCCCGUCACUGCCAUCCCUACCGGUCCCAUCUCCCGCGAUACCAGUCAGUCCGUACCACCCAACAUGCAAUACCGAGAACACACACGCGCCGACUUCCGCCGUCAAGCCUCCAGCACCCUGCCUUCUCUCGACGAGAACGCAGUCUUCUCACCGACAUCAACCAUCACACGUUCCCCAAGCAAACUCCUCCACGUCGUGGACAAGGACAAGCAAAAAGAAAUGAAGAAAGCACACAUGCAAGCCACCUACGGCGCCUCCGUCUCCCACACCGGCUACAUGAAAAAGCGCAAGACCAAACUCUUGCACCACGAAUGGCAGAAUGCGCAUUUUCGUCUACACGGCACACAACUAGCUAUGCACGAGAACAACAGGCUGUCAGCUAUCAUGCUCGAUAGCAUCAACGUCGACGAUUACAAUGUAGCUUGCUCAUCACUGCCUUCCAACAACAAAAUCGCCGCUGCAUUGAAGAAUCUCAAACUCGGCGGUGGUGGAGAUAAGAAUGCCUCUGCUGGUGCUUUUGCAUUCCAACUUGUUCCUAGUGCUGGUGGUGUUGGUGCUGGUGAGGGCAGGGUCAAGAUGGCGACCAGUGGCAAGACUCACCACUUCGCUGUCACUAGUAGUAGCGAGAGGAUCGAUUGGAUGAGAGAACUGAUGCUGGCUAAAGCUUUGAGGCAGAAGGAGAGUGGAUUCGAAGUCGAGCAUAAUGGGUCAAAGGCCUGA